CGAAGCUCCUGAGCUCAAUGAAUGGGACGCAAGUAUGCCGCCUGAAACAAGUUAACAGACGUUAUUAACGGCACGUCGGAAUUAUGAAUCUGGACAAACCCUUUGAGACAUCUGUAGACUCGACAGUGGGUAUGACAUUUUGAGGUAACUACGAAAACUGUUAGUCAGUUUGCAUCUUUCUUCACUGAACUCUUCAACUUUGAGGAUGCCAGUUUCGAAAACGGACCAAGCAAGAGACACGGGGGAUCCGUGUGGACUCCCGAAGCUUCCCGUUCCCCCCUUGAAGCAAACACUGGACAUGUACCUGAAAUGCAUGGGUCACCUCAUCCCAGAGGACCAGUUCAGAAAGACUAAAGCUGUUGUAGAGAAAUUUGGAGCACCUGGCGGAGUCGGAGAAGUUCUUCAGAAAAAGUUACUGGAGAGAAGCGAACAAAAGGCCAAUUGGGUGUAUGAUUAUUGGCUUGAAGACAUGUACUUGAACAACAGAUUGGCAUUACCUGUCAACUCCAGUCCUGUCAUGGUCUUUCCCAAGCAGAACUUCAGGGGUCAAAGUGAUGUCCUCAGAUUUGCUGCCAAACUUAUUUCUGGUGUAUUAGAGUAUAAAUCUCUUAUUGAUGGACGUGCUCUCCCGGUAGAACAUGCUCGGGGGCAGCUGGCCGGGACGCCACUGUGUAUGGAUCAGUACAACAAGGUCUUCACCUCCUACCGGCUGCCAGGAACAAAAACAGACACUUUAGUGGCUCAGAAGAGCACAGUCAUGCCAGAACCAGAACAUAUAAUAGUGGCUUGUAAGAAUCAGUUUUUUGUUCUGGACGUGAUUGUGAACUUUCGCCGGCUGAAUGAAAAAGACCUUUACACUCAGCUGGAGCGAAUCAGAAAGAUGGCAGACAUUGAAGAGGAGCGUCUGCCUCCAAUCGGCCUGCUCACAUCAGAUGGCAGAACACAGUGGGCCGAGGCUCGCAAAGUACUGAUCAAAGAUUCUACCAACAGGGACUCGCUGGAUAUGAUUGAGCGCUGUCUGUGUCUGGUGUGUUUGGAUGAGGAAACUGCCACUGAACUGAAUGACAGCAACAGAGCUUUGCUAAUGCUUCAUGGAGGAGGAACGGAUAAAAAUGGAGGCAACCGGUGGUACGACAAACCCAUGCAGUUUGUAAUAGGUGCAGAUGGAUGCUGUGGCGUUGUGUGUGAACACUCUCCUUUUGAGGGAAUAGUGCUUGUGCAGUGUUCGGAGUAUCUACUGAGAUACAUGAGAGGAAGCCCAUCUAAGCUGGUGAGAGCAGCCAGCAUGAGUGAACUUCCAGCCCCCAGACGACUGCGCUGGAAAUGCUCUCCAGAUAUCCAGACCUUCCUCACAGCCUCAGCAGACAGAUUACAGAAACUUGUGAAGAACCUGGACAUGAAUGUCCACAAAUUCACUGGUUAUGGCAAGGAGUUCAUCAAGAGACAGAAAAUGAGCCCUGAUGCUUAUGUCCAAGUUGCGCUCCAGUUUACAUUUUACAGAUGUCAUGGAUGUCUAGUGCCCACCUAUGAAAGUGCAUCAAUACGCCGCUUUCAAGAAGGACGAGUCGACAAUAUCCGCUCCUCCACACCUGAAGCCUUAGCAUUUGUCAAAGCUAUGGCCAGUGGCUCCAAAAUCACUGAUGCUGAGAAAAUGGAGUUGCUGAAGAGUGCCAUAAAAGCCCAAACCAAUUACACAAUUCUAGCAAUCACGGGAAUGGCAAUAGACAAUCACUUGCUGGGGCUGCGAGAGAUUGCCAAGGAGCUGAAACUGGAAAAGCCAGAGCUGUUUUCAGAUACGACCUACGCCACCAGCAUCCACUUCACUCUCUCUACAAGCCAGGUUCCUACCACUGAGGAGAUGUUCUGCUGCUAUGGCCCAGUUGUCCCAAAUGGCUACGGAGCCUGUUACAAUCCUCAGAUGGACCACAUCCUCUUCUGCGUGUCCAGCUUCCGUGAAAGUCCAGAGAGCAACUCAGAUUUGUUUGUGAAGACUCUUGAGGGGUGCCUGAAGGAAAUGCAAGAUCUGUGCAGAAAAUGCAACACUGAAGCUAAACCAACUGACUCCACAGAAAAGAUAGAGGGAAACCCUAAGGUAAUGAAGAAUGGAAGCAAGUCAUAACAAGAAGCAACUGUUUAGAGGAUGCAGGAAAUAGUGCAAUUGUAGAAAGAGCUUAUUAUAACCUCAAAUAUAUAGCAAGGCUGAUUUAGUUAAUGCUUACGCGACAUAGUUAAAGUAGGCAUUUCCACUGAGUCAUUAAAAAAUUGCCAAAUAUAAUGAGGAACAGUUGUUGCAUAGAGAUUCUAUGAAUGUGUAGUCACUUUACAGUGGUAGAGAGCUGAUCUAAAAACUGGAGUUAUUUAAGAUUAUUUUUAGAUAAUAAGAAUAUAUGGGGAUUUAAAAGGUGAUUCAUAUAGCCUUCUAAAUGUGAACAGUGCUGUGUCCAAAAGCUUAUGGAGCAUAUGGGGGGUAGGUAGCAACAGGACACGACCAAAACCAAUGAUUGUAUGACAUCGUCUCUAUUGAAAUAGACUCCAUAAAUUUUUAAAGCAAUAUAGAUGUUCUUUUGGUGCCUAUGAUAUCCCACAAUUCCGUCCUUUCAAUUCUAUGAAAGUUGAGCAAAAAUAAAGCCGUCAAAUUUCACUAAACACCUUUAAAAAAUAAAAAUUAAAUUGAGGGUGAGAGAGAGAGAGAGAGAGAGAGAGAGAGAGAGAGAGAGAGAGAGAGAGAAAGAGAGAGAUGAUUAUUGUCAGAUCUGAAUUGUCACAUCAGUAUCUAAACCCCUCCUUUUCAAGAACAUACUUUGCUCUGAUUGGUCAGAUGACCCGGUGUUUUGUGAUCAGGGGCGGAUUUAAUGAUUUUGUGGCUCUAAGUAAUUCCAGCCAUGGAGCCCAAAAGUUCUAAAAUGCACCUUUUGUAUUUUUUAGAUUAUUAUUUUGCUGUUUUUUUUCUUGUAUCAUUCGAUCUCCUUUUCUACAUUUUAUCUUAAUGCGCAAUAAUAAUAACAUGUAAAGCAUCUUAAAAAACAAAUCGUUUCAAAAGUUUUAGAAGACGAAUUCUCAACUAAAAAUAAUAAAUGAACUAUUUCGUUUUUAAAACUAAAUCUUUACUGAUUUGACUGCUGGACUGGUCCAUGAUUGAAGGUGGUGGACACAUUUGCGCAGAUGUAAUAAUUACGUUCAAAUUUACAUAUUUAGACCCUCAAUGUACAAAAUAUGAUAUAAAACAAUGUUAUAUUAAAUUUAUAAGAAUAAUUUAUAUUUCUAGGUAUUUAUUUGUGCCCUUUCAGAUUUUCUGUGGCCCUAAGCGGCUGUUUACCUUGCUUAAUGAUUAAAUCCACCCCUGGUUGUGAUUGGUCGCAAUUUCUAAGCCUCUGCAGUGUUUGAGGGUCAAAGACAAUGCUGUUCACAAGAAAACAAGCAAGUAUAAAUCAAUUUUGUUACGAAUCUUACAUAGUUUACAGCAGGUAGUUAGCCUAAACUGGUUCUUUCUUUUAAGAGACAAUAACCACAUUGACUGUGAAAGAACGUAAAGAUGAAAGAAUGUUUCUUCUCUACCGAGACAACUUCAUCUCACUAAUCCAGCAACUGUAAAAUUCAACAAUACUGUGCUUUUGAUUCCAUGACCACUGAGCUAAAAAAACAAAGAUGCUGAUUCAAAGACUGUAAAUUCAUCACAUUUUAAUGUCAUUUAUAACAAGAAAUGAAUAUUCCUCGACAAAGCUCUCUAAAUUUUGUUGUAGAUCAAUCUAGUCAGUUUUAUGGAGUACCAUAAAUGCACAUAAGUGAUUACUACAGUAGCUGCAUAUAAGCUUUCGGACACAGCCUACAAUGAGCUGAGAUCUGUCUCCAAAAUCCUAUAACUCCAGUCUGUCUCAAACAAAUAUAGUACUUUACUAAAAUAAAAAAUGUCAAUUGCAUACAUUUCUUCACAAUUGUAUGGCCACAUGCACACUGUAAAGCUUCAGGAGUCACAACUGCAUUACAAUAUGAGAAUAAAUUCUCUACAUUAUCAUCUAGAACAUGACUCGCUAUUAAAAAUGUGAUCGUUGAUAAUUGACAUGUUAACCAUAGCAAUAUUCUGUUAUCUUGUGGUUUUGUUAUUUUCAACUUCUGACCAAAGUAAUAAUAUUACAGAUUUUUUUUGUACAAGAUUCAGAAGGCUGCUUCAUAAAGCACAGUGUUGAAGUGUUGCCAUGUCUUCCUAUUAUAAGCCUUAUUAACUUAUUAAGGGUAGUUCAUCUACAAAAAAUGAAAACUUACUUAUUAUUUACUCACCCUCAUGUGGUGGUUCCAUACCAAUAUUUUUUUCUGUUUACUUAUUUGCUUUUAUAUAGCAAGAUCUGGCAACCCAAAUCAGCCAAUACUUUUCCUUAUGAUUUCUGCAGUGCACAUAAGAGACGACAUCUACAUAAUAUGUUUUUAAGUAUCUCAUUAACUAGUUGUUUUCUUUGGUUCUGUACACAUGGCUUAUGUUGUUUCUAAAUGUGAAUGUCACUACCUGCAGUUUUUAAAAGAAAUUUGGCUGUUCAACACAGUUGUCACUCCUGAAAAAUACUGUGGUGUGUGUAAAAAAAAAAAAAAACAAGACCAGAAGUUGAACUGACAACUGAAGCUGAAUUGUGUGCGUGGCCUUUGCUACAGUAUGACUUACUUUCUUCUCUGGAAAACAAAAGACUAUUUUGAAGAAUGUUUGACUUGUUCGAAACAUAACUAAAGGAUGACUUUGUGCUUGUCACCAGAAAGCAGACUGGAAAAUUAAAGUAGCUGCUUGAGCUUAGAGGGGAAAAAAGACAUUACUGCUGCCUUUGAGAUACUGCAGGUGUACUUGUUAAGUAUGCAUAGAAAAAUAUGGCACUAUAUAUAGCUAUAGCUCUUUACAAUCUAAAAGUUUUUAUUAGUUAUGUCAGAGUUACCAUAUAACAACCAGUUAUGGAUGUCUGUAUAGAUAUGAAUGAUGAACCUGUGGAACUGGACCAGAAGCUGCUAUUUAACUUUGUUAUUUUUUGUUUUUUUAAAUCAAAUAUGUGUCUGUUUAAAAAAAAAGAUAUAUGAACAGAAAUAUGAAAAGACGCAAAGAUUUUGUGUCUGGCUCAGAUUUAAUAAUUUAUACUGUAUGGUAUUAUAGCUUUAAAAUGUGCAGUGUUUUGCUUGUUCUAUAAACUAAUUUUUCAAUGGGCCAUAUUUUGAAAUACACAGUCUGUAUAAAUGUUUAAAGAACAUGACCUAAUGCGAAUCAGCAUGUUGCAUGAACAGUGUUAUGUGGUUCCAGUCUGUGGGCUUGUCUUAAUUUCUAAUGCAAUAAUUGCAACAGGGAUUGCUGACUUUCAGUGCAAUAGCAGAAACCUUUGAGGCUAAGGUGAACAGUUUAAUUAAUGUACAGUGACAAACUGACUAGCUUUUCUUGUAUUUGUGACAGUGUGCUUAAGUCUGAAAAUAACAUAGAGAUGUGUUGCACAGAAGAACAAUCAAUACUUGAUGUCUAAUGUAUUUAUAUUUGAAUACAGAAUAUAUUUAUAGUUGAAGUCAGAAUUAUUAGCCCUCCUUUGUUUUGUUUUUUUCUUUUUUAAAUAUUUCCCAAAUUAUGUUCAACAGAGCAAGGAAAUUUUCACAGUAUGUUUGAUAAUAUUUUUUCUUCUGGAGAAAGUCUUAUUUGUUUCAUUUGGACUAGAAUAAAAGCAGUUUUAAAUUUUUUAAUCCUAAUUUUAAGGACAAAAUUAUUAGCCCCUUUAAGCUAUAAAUAUUUUCGAUAGUCUACAGAACAAACCAUUGUUAUACAAUAACUUUCCUAAUUAUUCUAUCCUGCCUAGUAAACCUAAUUAACCUAAUUAAGCCUUUAAAUGUCACUUUAAGCUGUAUAGAAGUGUCUGGAAAAAUAUCUAGUAAAAUAUUAUUUACUGUCAUCAUGGCAAAGAUAAAAUAAAUCAGUUAUUAGAAAUGAGUUAUGAAAACUAUGUUUAGAAAUGUGUUUAAAAAAAAUCUCUCUGAAAAACAGAAAUUGAGUAAAAAAAAUAAACAGAGGAUCUAAUAAUUCAGGGG